UACAGAUUCUGAAUCCAUAUCAUAAUCCAUCUAUCCAUUCUCUAUACACCGCUUUAUCCUCACUAGGGUCGCGGGGGAUCAAUGUCAUGAUGAAAAAUAAAACAAAAAAGUUUACAGAUGUCAAUGUAUGACUUGGAAAAGUGGAAUUUGUGGACAAUAUAGCAGGCACACGUUCACCAUAAAUAAAAAUCAUCUUUGUAUGAGGUGUCUUUAGAUGAAAGUGUCAGGAAUUCUCUCAUACAUGUAAACACUCUGUUAUUCACUUUCUCUUCUUCACGGAGAAGAUGAUAAAUGCUAUCAAAAGUUACAUAACACAUUAACCAACAUAAAUUGACCCUUUAUCACAACUGACGCUCUAAUGAGAAACAGAUUCAAGAUAGAGAAGCGCUGAGCAGAGCUGACAUUCAAAGACAAAACCAACGAAGACCGGGUGACAUCUGCACUGAUCUGAAAAACAAAAAAAUUUAAACUCAGAAAGUAAUCUGUUUGAACUGCAGUUAUUGGAAUCAGGAUUACUCUAACGUUAAAGAAAGACCAACUAGAAUAAACCUGUCUUGGGGAAAAGUUUAGAGACACAAGGAAAAAGAAGAGCAGUGCAUUCAGCAGUGUGUAAAAGUUUAGGAAAUGUUGAACAAGGUGAUCUUAGCUUCAUGUGUGGUGCUGUGGAUCAGUUCUUGCGCCGUCAACUCGGCUGAGGAUCUGAAAACCAGAGCUUUGAGGCUGAUGUCUGAGACGCCGCUCAUUGAUGGGCAUAAUGAUCUGCCCUGGCAGUUUCGAGCACAGUUCAAUAAUGAGCUGGACAAAGUGGAUCUUUACACACUCUCAACAACACACACCAACAUCCCAAAGAUCAAGGAAGGACGUCUCGGUGCACAGUUCUGGUCAGCCUUUGUGACAUGUGACACUCAGUACAAAGAUGCUGUCAGACAAACGCUGGAGCAGAUAGAUGUGGUGCACAGGAUGUGUGAGAAAUACCCAGAAACCUUCAUGUUUGCCAGCAGCAGCAAAGAAAUCAUGGACGCCUUUGAAAUGAAUAAGACAGCCAGUCUGAUCGGGGUGGAGGGCGGUCACUCCAUCGACAGCAGUCUGGGAACCCUGCGCACCAUGUAUCAGCUGGGGGUCCGAUACCUCACACUCACACACUCCUGCAACACACCCUGGGCAGAUAACUGGCUUGUUGACACUGGAUCUGAGCCAUCUGAGCACAAUGGUCUGUCUCCAUUUGGCAAGCAACUAAUUUUGGAAAUGAACCGUCUGGGGAUGCUGAUCGAUCUGGCUCAUGUGCCUGUAACAGUGAUGAACCAGGUUCUGGACAUGUCCAAAGCUCCAGUCAUCUUCAGCCAUUCCUCUGCAUACGGCAUCUGUGCACACAAGAGAAACGUCCCAGAUGAGGUUCUCUUGAAAGUGAGAGAAAAAAAAGGAAUCGUCAUGGUUAACUUCGCCAACGACUUUGUUACCUGCACCCAGACUGCUAACCUCUCAGAUGUUGCAGAUCACUUUGACUACAUAAAGAGAGUGGCUGGAGUAGAUAUCAUUGGUUUUGGAGGAGAUUAUGAUGGAGUUCCAAGACUACCUGAAGGUUUGGAGGACGUGUCCAAGGUUCCCAACUUGGUGGCUGAACUACUGAGAAGAGGAUGGACUGAUGAGGAAGUCAAAGCUGUACUUGGAAAUAACCUGCUCCGGGUUUUCACAGAGGUUGAGAGGGUUCGUGACAGUCUGAAAGGCUCAAAACCAGAUGAUGUUCCAAUUCCAUAUGCGGAUGUGCAGAACCCGUGCAGGACGAGCUAUGGUUACCCCGACAACGCUGGAGCUGUUCAUUUAGUCAACGCACUAACCCUCCUGCUCACACUGGCUCUGCAGGUGUUGGUCUAUUAA